AUGGCUCAGGACGAUUCUUUUCAAGCCAUUGUUCUUCAGUCGUUUGUGCCUACAUCAUCUCACAAUGGGUUUGAAUCUGCCAUCGCCCGGGUGUUCCGAUCCGCAAACGAAGAGCAGAUCUGCCUCGUAGCCACAGUCCGCCUGGUCACGCCACAGUUCUUGAAGGAACUUUGCAACGUGGAAGAGCCGUGCGAAGAAUUCACAUCGAGGCACAGCCUGGAAUGGAAGUUUCUGUUUUUAGACCACAGGGCGCCGCCUAUUAUAGGAUAUUUGCCGUUCGAGGUGCUUGGGACAUCUGGGUACGACUAUUAUCACGCCGACGACUUGGAGCUCCUCGCUCGGUGCCACGAGCACUUGAUGCAGUUUGGCAAAGGGAAGUCUUGCUACUACCGAUUCCUGACCAAAGGGCAGCAGUGGAUAUGGCUGCAAACCCACUACUACAUCACCUACCAUCAGUGGAACUCCAAGCCCGAAUUUAUUGUCUGCACCCACACGGUGGUCAGUUAUGCUGAGGUCCGAGCGGAAAGAAGGCGGGAUCUAGGCCUCGAAGAGUCAUCUGUUGAACUAGCAGCUUCGUCCUUGAAGAGUCACGGGAGUUACAUCGACAUCCGCCAGUGCGCUCCCAACCAGGAGCCCAGCUGCGAAAGGCUCUCCGCCUCCUCGCCCAGUUCCCGUCGAUCCUCACACACGGCACUUUCGGACUCUGCGUCCACGUCCUCCAUUCGGCACACCGAAGCCAGCACUCCGACGCGGCAGUCGUUGCCCAUGGGGCCAUCGGAGAAGACGCCUUUGAGGCUUCCUUCAAGCAGCAGCACACCCGGAAUAACAACACCCCAAACGCCCACCGAGCAUCUCCCGCAGCAUCAUAUGGCACAGCCCACGGUUCCCGCACAGCAGACGGUUAUGCCGGUGUAUCACUUCCCAGCCCAGAUGGGGAUGAUGCAUCAGCUGAAGGAACAGCUGGAGGAAAGGACCCGCAUCUUGCAGGCCGACAUCAAGACGCAGCAAGAAGAACUGCACGUGAUCAAGGAGCAGCUCCAGCUGGUGCAAGACUCCAACUUGCAGAUGUUGAUGCAGCAACCCAUGCCGAUGGUCUUCAGUGGCGUUCAGCAUCAGAGCCCAAGGCGGCCUUCCCAGCAACAGGCAACCGCCGCAGCCAACAGACCGGCCGCUGCCAAGAAGUCCCAGCAACAGCAACAACAACAACAACAACAGCAACAAGGCUUAAUGGCACCCAAGCAGUUCUGCGGCACACACCUGGCCUCACCACAGCAAUUCCAGGUGCAGCAGCAGCAGCAGCAAAAGCAGCACGUCAUGAGAGGCAACCCGGUCCAGCAGGCCUGCUUGCCCAUGCAGAUGAGCAUUUCGAUGCCGCUCUACAACAACCCCAUGGUGUUCUCCCAAGCGCACCCCAUCACUGUGUCUACUCCGAUGCCGGCCGAAAUGGGCGAACGGCAACAACUGCCCGACUACAACCAAGAUCGGAGCUUAAGGUUUGCUCAGGAGCAGCAGGGACUUCCUCCCGCGGUGCAGAUGCAGCCCAUCACGUGCGCCACCAUCGCCCCCUCGCCCGUUUUCACCCCGUCGGUGAUGAUCCCGCACAGCAAUGUGGCCGCGCAGCAGAGCCACGCUCCCAACGCUCUCCAUCAGUGGCAACCACCGCAGGUCCAGCAGCAUCACCUCUACCUUCAGAUGCACGGGGUGGCUGAGCAGGGCCAGGGCCAAGGCCAGCGCCUCUUCCCGCAGCCUCACCUCUCUCAGCAGAGUGCCGGUGCCGCCGCCAUGGGCUACUUCCACCACCCGCCGCAGCCCCAGAGCCGCCACAUGCAGGGCCAGCCCUGCGGCUUGCAAGACCUUCCCGAAAUGCAGCUGCCUUGAGGCCUAAAGGGCUGGAGAGAUGCUGGUGGAAACGGUUGGGCAUGUCUACGUUCGUUCGUUCGUUCGGAGCAGAGGCGAGAAUCGGCGGGCAAGCCCAGAAGAGGAGGCAGUCCUGCCCCGAGAGUCUCCGAGAGGCAAGGCUUGUCCUCAAGGAGAGAUGCAGCAGAGCCAAAGAUGGAUGGAUGGAUGGAAGGAAGGACCUUCUCAAGAGUCAAGAGAGAGAUCCUUGAAAGAACCCAAUGCUCGAGGUGAAGAAGAUCAGAAAGCCAACCUGGCUUCAUUACGAUCCACCCCAGCUUUGCGCCGGUAGGACAUCUCUUCAUCUGUAUCCUGGGCCUCGAAAUGGAGAUGCGGGUCAAUGAAGCUUGCAGAAGUCCCCUCCGUGGUACAAUUCACGGCUCACCUGACAUAAGAACUGCUCGGAGAGGGAAAGCAAGCCACCGCUGGCUGGAGAGUUGGGUCCUUCCGGUGCUGCAAAGCCAUAUAUUCACUAUGGUAGGUGGAUUCCUAGCUCCAAAGCCGUUUCCUUUGAGUAGGGAAGUUUACAUACGUAGGAGUUUUGGACCAGAAGCUGCACAUGACAAGCUCGGGAGGCAGCCAAGACUUUUCCCCCCAUGACCUUUUUUCUUUCUUUUUUGCUACAAUCUCGGCAACAUUCACUGUGAACCACUCUGAAUACAGACUGAUUCAGGACCACGGUCAGCAGGUUUCCACCUCUUUGCUUUUCUAUUGUGUGUGAGGUAUGUUAGAUUUUAUUUUGGUAGGUGGGCUGAUGAAUAUAUUCCCCCCGACUUUCCCUUUGAGUUUUCCCACUUGGUCAAUCCCCACUGUUUUUUUUUUGGGUAACUGGGGAACGCUGCUACUGUUGACGACACCACUCUUGCCUGAAUUUCUUCUUCUUGCACCAGCUCCUUUCACGGUUAGGAUUAUGGUCCUAUUAUACAAAGGUUUCUGCUAUUUUUGCUACAAAGUACAGGUAUAAACCUAUCUAUUUCUACUCCCAGCUUAGCCAAAUAUACAUACAGUAGAGUCUCGGAUAUCCGACCUUCGCUUAUCCGACAUUCCGUCUUAUCCGACGCUCUUAUCUGACGGCCUCCUUUUCCUCCAGCAUUUCCCCUUCAGUUAAAGAAGCACUCUCCAACUCUCUCUCGAUUCCCAAUACAGCAGAGUCUCGCUUAUCCAACCUUCACUCAUCUGACAUUCCGUCUUAUCCGACGCCCUCCUUUUCCUCCAGCAUUUCCCCUUCAGUUAUAUAUUUAUAUUAUUUCCCCUUCAGUUAAAGGAGCGCUCCCCAACUCUCUCUCGAUUCCCAACACGGUAGAGUCUCGAAUAUCCGACCUUCACUUAUCCGACAUUCCGUAUUAUCCGACACCCUCCUUUUCUUCCAGCAUUUCCCCUUCAGUUAAAGGAGCACUCCCCAACUCUCUCUCGAUUCCCAACACGGUAGAGUCUCACUUAUCCGACCUUCACUCAUUCGACAUUCCGCCUUAUCCAACACCCUCCUUUUCCUCCAGCAUUUCCCCUUCAGUUAAAGGAGCGCUCCCCAACUCUCUCUCAAUUCCCAACACAGUAGAGUCUCGGAUAUCUGACCUUUGCUCAUCUGACAUUCCGUCUUAUCCAACACCCUCCUUUUCCUCCAGCAUUUCCCCUUCAGUUAAAGGAGUGCUCCCCAACUCCCUCUCGAUUCCCAAUACAGUAGAGUCUCACUUAUCCGACCUUCGCUCAUCUGACAUUCUGUCUUAUCCGACGCUCCUAUCCAACACACCCUUUUCCUACAGCAUUUCCCCUUCAGUUAAAGGAGCACUCCCCAACUCUCUCUCUCGAUUUAUUGUCGGGCUAUAUGGCCAUGUUCUAGAGGCAUUCUCUCCUGACGUUUCGCCUAAAUCUAUGGCAAACAUCCUCAGAGGUUGUGUAGUCUGUUGGAACUAGGAAAAUUGGGUUUAUAUAUCUGUGGAAUGAUGUCCAGGGUGGGCCAGCACUUUGAAUUGUGCCCGGUAGCAAACUGGAAGCCAGUGGAGCUGGCGCAACAGAGGAGUUGUACGCUCCCUGAGCGCUGCUCCCGUUAGUAACCUGGCUGCUGCCCGCUGGAUCAUUUGAAGCUUCCGGACAGUCUUCAAAGGCAACCUCACGUAGAGAGUGUUGCAGUAGUCUAUAUGGGAUGUAACCAGAGCAUGGACCACUGUGGCCAAGUCAGACAAUCCGUCUUAUCCGACGUUCUUAUCCGAUGCUCCCCUUUUCCUCCAAUAUUUCCCCUUCAAUCAAAGGAGCGCUCCCCAACUCUCUCUCCAUUCCCAACACAGUAGAGUCUCAGAUAUCCGACCUUCGCUCAUCCAACAUUCUGUCUUAUCCGACACUCUUAAGUGAAAAAGACGGGAUGAGGAGGAGGAGGAGGAUGGAGGAAGGAAAGGGGGAAAGAGGCAGGACCAGAAGCGGAAGCAUCCUCCCUCCUUCCCUCUAUGAUUUCCACGCUCCUCUUCCGCAUCCGGGCACUUCCUCCUGGGAAUCUCUAUCCCCGAGGCGUUGCCUUGCUUUAACUCUUUAACUCCAUGUUGUUAGUAUUCUGGGUGUCUAGCACUGCGUCGGAUGGGUAAGUCGGAGGCUCAUUAUUAUCCAACAUUUUCAUUUAGCCAACGUUCUGCCAACUCAUUUAUGUUGGAUACGUGAGACUCUACUGUACGUAGGUUUUUAAAAAGAGGUGCAGGAACCUCCCCGACUACUUUCUCCCAUUUCUCUGUCCUUUUUGAGGGGAGUUUAUCAAGACACCCAAAGUCAAAGGCAAACUUUGUGGUUUUGCUCUAUUUGGGGUGUGAGACCUGGGCCAGGUGGCGACUUCUACUUCAAGAGGACCGACGCCUACAACGUCACAUGGCAGUCGUCUUAGCAAUAAAUUGUAUUUUUGUAAAUUGGUCACUUUAACUGUGUUUAUAUAUUUAUGAUUUUCUAAAAAAAAAAGGUUUUAUUCCUCAGUGGGUGUGUAUACCAAAGCAUCCCCUACUGUUUUGUGCGUUUCCAAAGGAAAAUGAAUAUUGACCAUUGUUAGGGGCAUUGAUGUUUUUUAUGUGUGUGUUAUAUGUUCUUAAAAUGUAAACAGUGCUGGAUUUGCACUUUUUUCUGUUUGGAAAACAAAUCUCGUCAGUUCUGAAGGAGAAUUUUGCCAAUGCUUCUUCAGCAGGAAUAAGCCUGGAUUGCAAAAAGAGAGAUCCAUUGCUGGUUGUUACGAAACGGUCCUUUUGAGCUUGAUGGUUUCUAGUAGGUAUGUGUAAUCCAUGGUUCUAAAGUACUUACAGAACUAAAGUUCUGGUGAUGAAAACUCGGGGGCGCUGGUGCUUUGCUUCUACAGUGUUGCUAAAGUUCUGGUGGUGAAAAUUUCAGAACUCUAACACAACUUUCAACAUUUCAAUGUAUUGUCGAAGGCUUUCAUGGCUGGAAUCACUGGGUUGUUGUAGGUUUUUUCGGGCUAUAUGGCCA